AUGUCGGGUGGGACCGGAGACGGCGGAGCUUCGAGCCGCUGCUUGGAAGCCUUGGCUUCCUGCCUUCAGGGCCUCGGCGGCCUCGGCCUCGCGAGAGCCACCGCUCUCCGAGAGCAAAGUCUCCCGGAAAAAGUGCAGGAUGCCAAGGCGGGAGCGGCGGUGGCACACACUGCCGAUCCCGUGGUGGAUGCUCCUGCCUUUGCAGCCCCGGCCCGCCGGCGAAAAGUUGCGAAGCAGGUGCGUGAGCCGGUGCGGCAAGUGGAUCCGAGCCCGGAAGGGCUGUCCGUUCCUUUUGUGCCGCGGGAGGACCCAGCCUCCCGGCCCUUUUGGUGUGGUCGGUGGCCUGGGGCCCGCAAUGACUACGAGGGCGAGGCCGGCUUCCGCUUCCUCGUCAACUUGGACUGCGAGGUGACAGCGCUUGGCCGCCCCUGUGAGCCACCAUUGAUGGAGGCCGCAGCUGUCUCUCUGUGGCAUGCUGCAUCACAGGACCUCUUGGCGUCCAUCUCUGUGGGCCCAGCCUCGCGCGUGGAGGGCUCAUACGCCUGGGAGCGUUUGCCGGAGGCCAUAGUUCUUCGUCCAGGCCAGGAGUACCGAUUGACUCUCCGCUGCCGUGCUAACAUGCAGGACCGCUGGUCGGAUGCCACCUGCGCAGCCGAGGAGGCAGCAGCCGAGUCCUGGGCGGCACUUGCCAGCUUCCUGGGUGGUGCGUGCAAGAAUGCUAACGGCUUCCCCAGCCGCACGGACGGCGACCUUCGGCGCCCCGGCAUAGUGAACUUCAAGGCCCUGCUGCGACCGUCCAAUGAGCCGGCGCUCCGCGAUGUAGGCCGCGAGGCCUUCGCCCGGUCUCUUGCCGCCAGCGCUGCUGCAGAGGCGCGAGCUGGCGACGAGGUGGAGAGCCGGCUGGCGGCGCUUGCUGGCCUUGUAGCUCUUUUCGUGGACGAGAUCAGGCUCCCGGCCAUGGCGCUGCUGGGAGCCGAGGAGGAGUUGCAGCUCAUCGCGGCGAGCGCUGCCGCCUGCAGCCCUUCCGGGGCACUGGAGCUGGCAGGCUGCGGGAUCUUCGACAGCCGCGCGCUGCUAUUCUGA